UAGGAAGAAGCGAGAAAAAUACUUUCUCCGGUUCCUUUUUCUUUCACCUUUAAUCAGAAGAAUCAUCCCCUCUUUCCAUAGAUUAGGAAUCUAGUCGAGUAAUUAAGUGCAUAAAGAAGCCGAAUGAUUUUGACUCUACAAUAACCCAAAAGUUGCUCCAUGGCUCUAAUUGCUCGAUCGGAUCAAGGAAUGGGAAAAAAUCCACACAAGAGCAAGAGCAGAUAAGCGGGAAAGAAGACAGCUAGGGGGAGCAAUUACCACAAAGAAAAGAAGCAAACUUAGUGGGCAUUAUUUGAUGGGCUGUGUCUGCUUUUCCUUUUAGUGGGAAAAAGAAAUGUCAAGCCUCAGUUUUAUUGUUACCAAAUUUGCUGAUGCAGUGCCAUCCAUUUUCCUCCAAUAUGGCUAUCUACUCGACCUCACUAUUGCCUUCCCCAACAAAGCUACAAACCGCUCUUUUUGGUACCAAGUGCAAAUGGAGUGCCAGAAGAUUGCAGUGGUGGAGGUGGAGAGCCAAACCCAUCUUGCUCAACCUCAUCAGGAUCCCAAACCCAAAGGCACAACCUUCCUCAGAACUUGUUUCAAUGGACUCAAUGCCUUGUCAGGGGUUGGGAUACUGUCAAUCCCAUUUGCACUGUCCCAAGGAGGGUGGCUCAGCCUGGCACUGCUUCUCCUCGUGGCAGUCCUCUGCUUCUACACAGGCCUGCUCCUGAAGCGCUGUAUGGACUCCGAUCUGCACAUCAGGACCUAUCCCGACAUCGGUGAGCGAGCAUUCGGGUACAAAGGAAGGGCACUGGUCUCCAUCUUCCUAUACUUAGAACUAUACUUAGUGGCAGUUGAGUUCCUGAUACUGGAAGGCGACAACUUGGACAAAUUGUUCCCUCACACAGCUUUCAGGAUAGGCAGCCUGGAAAUCGGAGGGAAAGAAGCCUUCAUUCUGCUCUCUGGUCUUGUGAUUCUCCCAACAACUUGGCUGAAAAGCCUAGGGGUUUUGGCCUAUGUGUCCGUUGGUGGUGUCUUGGCCUCGAUUGUUUUGGCUGUGUGCGUUUUCUGGGUUGGAGCAGUUGAUGGAGUUGGGUUCCAUGAAAAUGGCAGAAUCCUGAGGCUGGAAGGAUUGCCCACCGCUAUCAGUUUGUUCACUUUCUGUUACUGUGGGCAUGCUGUUUUCCCCACCUUGUGCAAUUCCAUGAAAGACAGGACUCAGUUCUCUAAGGUAUUGCUCGUCUGUUUCGUAGUGAGCACUUUGUCGUACGGGUCGAUGGCAGUCAUGGGAUACCUGAUGUACGGAGAGCAUUUGAAGUCGCAGGUGACGUUAAACCUUCCCAUCGCGAAAAUUAGUUCGCAAGUUGCGAUUUACACGACACUGGUGAACCCCGUGGCCAAAUACGCUGUGAUUAUAGGUCCGGUCGCGACUGCCGUGGAGGAGAAGUUCGUGUUCCAGAACAGCAGGCCGCUGUGCAUCCUAGUGAGGACCGUAAUUCUGAUUAGUACAGUGAUUGUGGCACUGACGGUGCCGUUUUUUGGGUAUGUGAUGGCGUUUAUUGGGUCGUCGUUGAGCGUGAUUGCGUCGUUGAUUUUGCCGUGUUUAUGCUACGUAAGGAUUAACAAGUCGGCUAGGAAAGUUGGGUUGGAGCUGAUGUUAAUUGUUGGGAUUUUGGUCGUUGCGACUGUUGUUGGGAUUGUGGGGACUUACACAUCGGUGAAACAGAUUGUGAAGCAGCUAUGAGAACAAAAUAAAAUAAACAAAUGUGAGGAGACAAUCCUACGAACGUGACAAUAAUUAAUUUUUGUCAGCGAUUUUUACAUAUUAAUUGGAUAGUCGGUAUAGUUCAGUAGAAACACAAGUGAUUGCAUGUUGCUCUUUUGUUCUUAUAUAGAUUUGGUUUUGCUUAAAGAAAAAGUGAUCUCUAUUAAAUAGAAACGUUAUCA